AUGGGGCUCCCUGCGCUCGAGUUCAGCGACUGCUGCCUCGACAGCCCGCACUUCCGAGAGACACUCAAGUCGCACGAAGCGGAGCUGGACAAGACCAAUAAAUUCAUCAAGGAGCUCAUCAAGGACGGGAAGUCGCUGGUCGUCGCGCUCAAGAAUUUGUCUUCAGCAAAGCGGAAGUUUGCAGAUUCCUUAAAUGAAUUUAAAUUUCAAUGCAUAGGAGAUGCAGAAACAGAUGAUGAGAUGUGUAUAGCAAGGUCUUUACAGGAGUUUGCCACUGUCCUCAGGAAUCUUGAAGAUGAACGGAUACGAAUGAUUGAGAAUGCCGGCGAGGUACUCAUCACUCCUUUGGAGAAGUUUCGGAAGGAGCAGAUUGGGGCUGCCAAGGAAGCCAAAAAGAAGUAUGACAAAGAGACAGAAAAGUAUUGUGGCACCUUAGAAAAACACUUGAAUUUGUCUUCCAAAAAGAAGGAAUCUCAGCUUCAGGAGGCAGACAGCCAGGUAGACCUGGUCCGGCAGCACUUCUAUGAGGUAUCCCUGGAAUAUGUGUUCAAGGUGCAAGAAGUGCAGGAGAGGAAGAUGUUCGAGUUCGUGGAGCCUCUACUGGCCUUCCUGCAAGGACUCUUCACCUUCUAUCACCAUGGUUAUGAACUGGCCAAGGAUUUUGGUGACUUCAAGACACAGCUGACCAUUAGCAUACAGAAUACCAGAAACCGCUUCGAAGGCACCAGGUCAGAGGUGGAAUCCCUGAUGAAGAAGAUGAAGGAGAACCCCCUGGAGCACAAGACCAUCAGCCCUUACACCAUGGAAGGGUACCUCUAUGUUCAGGAGAAGCGCCACUUUGGGACUUCUUGGGUGAAGCACUACUGUACAUACCAGCGAGAUUCCAAACAAAUCACCAUGGUACCAUUUGACCAAAAGUCAGGAGGAAAGGGGGGAGAAGAUGAGUCAGUCACCCUCAAGUCCUGCACACGGCGGAAAACAGACUCUAUUGAGAAGAGAUUUUGCUUUGAUGUAGAAGCAGUAGACCGGCCAGGGGUUAUCACUAUGCAGGCAUUGUCAGAAGAGGACCGGAGGCUCUGGAUGGAAGCCAUGGAUGGCCGGGAACCUGUCUACAAUUCGAACAAAGACAGUCAGAGCGAAGGGACUGCACAAUUGGACAGCAUUGGCUUCAGCAUUAUCAGGAAGUGCAUCCAUGCAGUGGAAACCAGAGGGAUCAAUGAGCAAGGACUCUAUCGAAUUGUAGGGGUCAACUCCAGAGUGCAAAAGCUGCUGAGUGUUUUGAUGGACCCCAAAAUGGCUUCAGAGACAGAAACAGAUAUCUGUGCCGAAUGGGAGAUAAAGACCAUCACGAGUGCUUUGAAGACCUACCUAAGAAUGCUCCCAGGACCACUCAUGAUGUACCAGUUUCAAAGAAGUUUCAUCAAAGCAGCAAAGCUGGAGAACCAGGAGACUCGGGUCUCUGAAAUCCACAGCCUUGUUCAUCGGCUCCCAGAGAAAAAUCGGCAGAUGUUACAGCUGCUCAUGAACCACUUGGCAAAUGUUGCUAACAACCAUAAGCAGAAUUUGAUGACGGUGGCGAACCUUGGGGUGGUGUUUGGACCCACAUUACUGAGACCUCAGGAAGAAACAGUAGCAGCCAUCAUGGACAUCAAGUUUCAGAACAUUGUCAUCGAGAUCCUGAUAGAGAACCAUGAAAAGAUAUUUAAUACCGUUCCUGAUGUGCAGCUCACCAGCACCCAGCUGCACCUGCUGCGGAAGAAGAGCAAUGACUCCAAGCCUCCGUCUUGCAGCGAGAGACCCCUGACACUUUUCCACGCCGUGCAGUCCACAGAGAAACAGGAGCAAAGGAACAGCAUCAUCAACUCCAGUUUGGAAUCUGUCUCAUCCAAUACAAACAGCAUCCUUAAUUCCAGCAGCAGCUUGCAACCCAAUAUGAACUCCAGCGACCCAGACCUGGAUGUGGUCAAACCCACCCGGCCCAACUCACUCCCCCCGAAUCCAAGCCCAACUUCACCCCUCUCGCCAUCUUGGCCCAUGUUCUCGGCACCAUCCAGCCCUAUGCCCACCUCAUCCACGUCCAGCGACUCAUCCCCCGUCAGGCCAGAAGAAGCUGUUCGUGGAGAUUCCAGGUACUUCUGCUCCAGAAAUGAGGUCCAGCCUGCCCUCCCACAUUCAGCUGUUGUAACUCCCAGCACACCGUUCCGGAAGGCAAAGGCCUUGUACGCCUGCAAAGCUGAGCACGACUCGGAACUGUCAUUCACAGCAGGCACGGUCUUUGAUAAUGUUCAUCCAUCCCAGGAGCCUGGCUGGUUGGAGGGGACUCUGAACGGAAAGACUGGCCUCAUCCCUGAAAACUACGUGGAGUUUCUUUAACCAUGGGCCCCGGCAGAAGUGCUGCGCUUUACAUGGUAUCCAUGACAACUGCUGCUUCCAGUGUUGUAGCUAUUUCUCAUUGCCGCUGAGAAGGGCAAGGAAACUGACUCUUGCUACCUGUCAUUGUGAAUGUUUCCGGGAACUCCCGUCACCCAUCUCCACCAUCAUCUCAGCUGAUGUGUGACAAUCCUGUAAGCAGAAGUGAAUCAGGAGAGGAGGCCAUUCAAUUCUGAUAAGCCAGAGAAAGGUUUGCAGAGCCUUCUUAGCAGUAUCCUAAAUGGGGAGUGCUGAAUUUCUCUCAACAAUCAUCCAGACUCCAUCCUUCUUAAAAAGAAAGUAAGAUAUAAGUUAUAUCUAUGAGCAAGCAGUGUAGCUGAGUUGGACAGGGCAAGGCAGAGAAACUGACAGCAAGAUCCAGACUGGCUCCAUAGCUUUUGUUUACAGCUGACGUGCUUUCUGUGCCUGCUUCCGCAAUUAGAGACCCAUACUGCAGGGGCAGCAGCGUCUGUCUGUCUACAGGCAGGACGGAGAAGGGCUACAGCCCUGCUUAUAGAAGAUUCAACUUCUCAGCAUCUCUCAAGCAGCCAUUGGCCAUCAUCAUCAAAAUUCAGGCCAGCUUUCCCAUGCAAAGGAGCAAACACCCGCAUCCUCCCCUCCUGAGCCAGGAACUUCUUUGCCUCUGAGAGCUGUCGUUGCCUAGUAACCGUGGCAACUCCACUUACUCUAAAGCCAAACCAGACACUUACCCUGUCCUUUUCCUUCUUGGUAGUUUUGUUGGUGGUCUUCCAACAACCAAAACCAGAGGAUCAAAGUAUUAGGAUGAGCUGCUUGGGGAAGACAAAACUGUCACUUUCUGAAUUUCAGCAGCACCAGGAUAUAUUUAGAGCAAACUCUAGUAAUGCUUUGAGAUUAAGUUUCAUACAGGUUUAAUAUUUCUGUUGUCCACGCCACUGGUGUUUGCUUUCUAGGGGUCAAAAUGGCACCUCCCAGGGGGUGACGCCAUCUGACCAGUUCCCUACGUCUUCCCAUUCACUCAUCCCUGCCCCUGCCCAUCACUGACCAGCCCCAUGCAAAGCUUUGGGCUGCUGAGCAUGGUUGUCCUGUGAUUUUUUUCAGGGAUGACUCUGGGGUUUCCCUGUGGUCUAUAGUUUUAAAGGAUAUCUGCAUCCACUGCCCCCGCCCCCCAAAAAGGGGAGUUUUAGGCUUUUGAGGCAUGGGCCUGGUGACUCAGGAAGACAGCCAAAGGUUGGGGCAGGGAGGCUGGAAUGAUACCUUCUAAGAAAGGGAAUUUCCUGCCCGACAGAGAGGGGGGCUUUUGGAAGACUGCCUCGUAUGGAGAUGCUCCACCGGGACAUUUCAGACUCACUUGACCACCAGAGAACUGAGUGACCAUAGCUCCCCCACGUGAGUGUCCUUGCAAGAGGGACUCUGGACAGACCAACUAUAAACUGUCAAGCUCCCCAGGAGCCCCUCAGAUAGCAGCAUCACUCCAGAGAGCAUAUUCUGUUUCUGGAAUUCCAUUAGGGACCUUUAAUGAAGAAGAAAAGGAAAAACUUGAAUUGUGUUGAAUUACUGUAUCUUUUACUUUUCUCUUUAAGAUAAACUUGUAAAUAGAGUAAUUUGAAAUACUAUAUGGCAAAGUUUUAUAUUUGAUAUUCUUUCAGCUAGUUCCUGUAUGUGCUUAGGCUUUAAUUGCUGAAUAAGUGAGAAGGAGGAGAAAACUGGGUCGAAGAGUCAAGGCUGCGGUCCCCUCUGGGCUGGUGGAAGAGAGGAGUCCUGUGUGCUCUCUGGUGGGGGUGACUCAGUGAUGGCAUUCAGCCUUCUCUAGCUACUCGUGUCCCGCAGAAUUCCUCGAGCUCUGAGUUUAGAGAUAGAGAGAAUAUCAGGCAGUGAGUGUUACAGAAAACAUAUAGCAGUAAGAUGAAGCUCAGGAUUUAAAUAGGUGGGGCCAGAGGUGACUUUUAUUUUUUAGUUUUGUUGUUGUUGUAUUGUUCUUAGUUUUUUUCUUCUCAGGUGUAUUUCUUGGUACCCCAAGAUAUCAGGCCAGAAGGAAAUGCGACUAUUGCUGUACUUUUUUUUUCUCCAUUCUCAAAGGCUUUACAAAUGAGGCCAGCAUACUUUGCAGAUUUUGUCUGUAGGCUCUAAAAAGGGUCUUCCGUUCUUGCUGUGCUGUGCAAGGCUGCUUCCCUUUCUGCAAAUGUGUUCCUGCUCUUCCCUUUCAACUGCAGAUUCCCUGUGACCCCAAAAUAAGAAAAAGACCCCAAGAUGAACAUAAGUUGAGCCAUCACAGUUUUAAAGAUUGCUUUAAAGUUAACAGAUUUUGUCAUCGUGAUCCACUAUUCAGUUACCAUUUCAAAGGUUAUGAAGUACCUGUCCUCCAGGACCUCAGCCAGGAGCCAUCAAGACCCUCCUCCUGAAUCAGGGAACACGAGUGAAGUGUGGACAAGCUCAUGACAGGACUCAAGAGUAUCCCAUUGACAACCCAAGGGAUAAAAGGGAUGGACUCUUCGGCACCAGACCUGCUCCCCUGGGACUUGGGAGUGAGAAGAGAGCAGGGAAUGGGGCCUAGGGGGAUCGUGCUCACAUACUGUUGUGGUUUCCAAAUUGGAAGCACCCAGCAGAAUGCUUUUGAUACCUUUGAUGUUGUAAAUUGUCACCGGCUCUGUCAUAACUGGGGCUCACAUGGAGAGCCAGAAGGCCAAGGCUCUUGUUUAAACACACUUGGAGACACUUGGCCCCAGCCUGUCUGGAAGCCCCGCCCCCUACUGAGAUGGCACUGAUUGGGAGUGCCAAGGAGACUUUAUAGGAGGACCUCUGUUGUGCUUCACGGAGGCUGCACAGGGCCUGUGACAGAUGGAUGCCAUUUGCCUUUGUGCCCCCAGGCUUUUCUCUUUCCUGUUCACUGGAAGAACUGUUCAGGAUGGGAGCCACCAAGUCAGAAGGGACUUAAAGAUUAAAAAGAAAUUUUACACUCUCCAUUGUCUGCCCCCACUCCUAAUUUUGCUUAAAUAGGGAACUUUAAGGCAUGGAUUGGUAUUAGGAUAGAAAACCAUUCACCAGGAUUCCUAACUGGUCCUUUAUGAGGCCCAGGAAUCAGCUAGUUAUAGCUCCAGUCUUCUUGGGGCAUUAAGUUUCAGAAUUCCAUAGCUACGCAAUAUCAUGACAUGAGAAGAUAGCUGACAGAUCCAUGCCCCCAGUCAAGUAAAAUCCUGAUUUACUAAGACUAGGAAAUUCCCAUUUUUCAAAAUAAAUAUACAAGGAUGUAUUGUAUACAAUGUAGCCUUUAUGGCAUCCUAGCAGUAGAACCAGUUUUUUGGUGUGUUAAUAAAGUAUGUGUUUUUAUGAGAGGUUUUUGGACAGGCAAAAAGAGAAAAUAAGCAACAAGAACCAGCACACUGGUAGUAGCAGGACAGACCCUCUGCUUGUGGCGUGGUCAUUUGGGGCACUUGCCCAAGACUCCAGAGAUGUGCUUGCCAUAGCUGAACUUGAGGAAAUACUCUUCUGUCAGCUGAAUUUGUCUUCUGAAAUUGGUAGUCACCAGUCACUAAAAGCUCCCUCAUCCUUAGUUCCCCCACGCUAUGAUUGAGGAGUAAGGGAGACAGAACGCUAACUCCAACCUCAUCAUCAGCUCAUAAGUAUUUAUUGGCAUCUUUCAUCUUCCUUCCUCCAAAAGUAAGCCUGGAUCCCCUAGCUUAGAACACAGGACUCGCAGGUAUACCAGGGGCCACCGUGGCCCCAUCAUUUGCUCUAGCGUUGUGUCAUGAGCAACCAUAUCGCCUGAGCAGGUAGCCAGCACUGAAGGAACUAAAGAGCCUCUUAGCUGCCUGACUUUCAGAGGAAUGUCCUAGGCUUCUGCGAGCAGGUAUGUUGACAGACCUGUCCCACAUCCCUUUAAAGGCAGCGCAGUACCUCUCACACACCCUGCGCUAGUGUUUUAAAAAUGUAUCUUAUCGCACUCAGAAUGUGUUUGGCAGCCACACAGAUCAGCUAGGUGCUGAACCACUUCUCUGUAAUUGUAACAUCAAAAUGACAACAGCACAGAGCUGUGAAAUUUGCACAGUUCUACAGCAUACCUGAGACAAGAAUCCAACAAGUAAUAAUUAGUAUUCUUCCUUUUGCCACCUAUAGUACUUGUCUAAAGAAUUUUCCACAGCAGCGAGGCCUCAUGGAGAAUCCAGAUGUCAUUCAAAGCCCAGCCCUUGCUGAAAUGUGGUCUCCUAACAGGACCUGUCCUUGUGGGGGAAAAGGUCAGAUGUAACACCAAGCCAGAGAAAGAGAAAGGCAGACCAUACUGAGGAAUUUUGAAUGUUUUCAAAGGAAUAAAAGUAUUGCUCUUGGGAGGAAAAAAAAAAGCCUAUCAGAAAUAUUUCAAACAACUAUUUUUACAAAGGUUUAGUAGGACAUUACGAAGUGAAAAUAUCUUAAGGUGGAUUGCUUUAGAAAAGAAGCCUAGCGUAGUCCCAGAUACCUAGAAGGGUGGCACUUAACUGAGUCAAUUGUUGUGUCAACAUUUGCAUUUGUGUAGUCAAAGGAGACUAUGCAUAACCAAAAUGUCUGGGUCACUUGGAGAAACCCCAGACUGGCGAAGACACUCUGCCAUUCCAUGUCAGUCAUUUCUAUAGUCAUCCAAAUGUGGAGACCUUCAAGCAGCUUUCUUAGGUCUUUAGAUGUCAAGAUCAGCUUUGGAUCUGAAAAGAUACAUCUGAUUAUUCCAAAAUAUAUGUGUAUGUGAUUGUGUGUGUGUGUGUGUGUGCGCGUGUGCAUGUGCACAGAUACAGACGUUCACAUAGAGACCCAUCUCAAACUGGUAGUUACUGGGCAGUUACAGCCUUGAAGAUUUGGAGACUGAAAAUUGCACACACAAAAAGAGGCUAUCGAUUACCCGCUGGACGAUCAAAGAUGUAAAUUAAGUGCCAUUUUAAAAUGUGUUCAUGUUUAUCAGCUAGAUACCUGCAGCUGUGUUCCUUAUUAACUUAUUAAAAGUCUUGUUUGAAAAAUGAUCAAUCCCAUAAAUGCUUAGUAGCUAGUGCUAGGCUAGUGUUCAGAAGCACUCUAAAAAACAUUUUGUCCAUAUUUUGGGAAAGAAACUAUUUGCAUGUUUAAUUUAUAAUUUAGGCUACCUUUGAUUGUACUGUAAAGUGCUGUGUGAUAUAUCAAUAAAGUACUCAUAAAAUGGCACUUUAAUGUUUUCGUUUUAAAAAUACCAUAAAUAAUGCACUGUUUUGAAACUUCAGUAUUGAAUAUUGACUGGUGCAUAGAAUCAAAUUCCAUAAUUUAACAAAGGAAUCUGUGAUUAGAAUAGAAUUUUUUCCCUGUUAUUAGAGAAAGUUUGCCAUGUUCAGGCUUUUCUGAAAAAUGUGUUUUGUGUCACUGUGUUUACCUACAAAGAAAAUACACUUUCUGCUGAAGGCCUCUGAAACUUAGCUUUCUUACAUUUGGUUGGUUUAUGUGACAAUUCCUAUGAAAUGAGUGGAAGUAUGAUUUUUGAAUUAAAUGACUUUUCCAUUUGG